UGAAUUGAUUGCUUCUUUUUGCAAAUGGACAACUCAGCAUUUGAAAUGCAAGAAGAUUCUGCCCAGAAUGCUUCAUCUAUGGGGAAGAUGAACACCACCUACAGAAUGGAGAAGAAGAGGCAGUGGUCACUGAUGCGCAUUUUCCUGGUGUGUCUCUUGGCGUGCACCGUCACUACAGCAGUAGGAGUGCUGAUACUUUCCUUGGUUUAUCUUCAGAACUCUCAGCCACAUUCACAAGUCCAUCUAGAACUCCAAGCUGGGCCUCUGCAAACAACGGUUCCCCUGGUGCAAAAGGCUGUUGAUCCAAAAUUCCAGUUUCUUAAUCAUUUGCCUAAAUCCAAGGUGUUUGAAUUCCCCGGUGGUGCAAUCCAGUGGGCCCGGUACAGGAAUGACGUCAAAGAGUAUCUCAGCAUUGAAGAAGAGGCCUUUGGCAGCAGCUUGAACAGUCAGAGAUCACAGAUGACUCUGGGGACCCUGAGAAUAAAAAGCAAUGGCCUCCGGGCCCCUCACUGGCACUUCAAUGCUAAUGAGCAUGGCUACCUUGUACAGGGCACAGCAUGGAUUGGGGUGGUGGCUAAUGGUGGUGAAGUUACCACGUACAAUGUAACAGCCGGCCAAGUGAUCUUCUUCCCUAAAAAUACUCUACACUGGAUAAAGAAUGUGGGAAAUGAAGACUGCUUUUUCUUGCUCUUCUUUUCCACACAUGAUGAACUUCAGACCCUGGACGUUGAUGAUGUAUUUUUUUCUGUACCUGAAGACAUUGCUUCCAGGUCACUUAAGCCUGAAGGUGGAAUUAAUUUCAUUAGAACGUUCCAGAAGCAACAAGAGGAUCAGGGGGUCAACCUUCCUCCCAACUUGGCAGAAUUGGUUAUAAAUCCCAGUUAUGUACAGUCUCCAGACAGUCUUGUGUGGAGAUAUUUUUAUGACCUUAAAGGUUCAAAAGAAUAUCAGUUUCCAGGAGGAGUAAUACAACUGGCACAAUAUUGGAAAAAUGCAAGUGAACUAAGCAACCUUGAAAAAAUUUUUAGUGAAUUCCUGAAUCAGCAUCAAAAUGCCCUCACUUUGAGUACACUCAGAAUUUAUAACAAUGGAUUACGACAGCCACAUUUUCAUUUUAAUGCAAAUGAAAUGGGAUACGUAAUAAGUGGAUGCGCAAAGGUGGGCAUUAUCAAUACUCAGGGUGCCAUGGAGUUUAACGUUUACAUUGGAGAUGUGGUAUUUUUCCCUGUCGGAACCCAACAUUACAUUAGGAGCGCAUGUGAUGAGGAUUUUCUUUUCCUUCUUGCCUUCAGCACUGGAGACCAGUUGCAAACCCUUGACAUGGAUGAUUAUCUCCAGGCCACAGCCGACCAUAUCCUGGCCCAACUUUUCUUCAAAAAGCAAAGCGAGUUUAAGAAGAUCCCCAAAUUCAAGGAGGAUCAGGCAAUCAACCUGCCUUAGAUUUGCCUGAUGAGUUCACAUUUACUCUCCUUCCUCAUCUGUUAUUAUUUUUAAAGAAGGAUCACUUUGCUAAUGUACCUGGAACUCUUUACAGAGUAGAGGUGGGAAAGCAGGUACAAAAGAGCCGUGUGAGCUCAUUUAGCUGAUGGUGAUUACAGGCAGUGCAUGCUAAGGGAGCAUUUCAGUAUAUUUUGUGUCGAUUAGUAAAUCUGUGGAGGAGACCCGAUAAAUCAAUAUGUUUUUGUAUGGAUUUUAGUGUAUUUGUAUAUAUUUAUUUAUUUUCCUUUUGUUACCUCAGAUUUUAUUACUUUCAGUGAAAAAUCAAUCCUUUUAUGCAGAUCAGUAAAUCUUACUAUUAUGCAUGUAUUUUUGUCAUUCUUCACCGUGAAAGAAAGUCAGCCUAUGUACAUACUUACUAAGGCGCCGGAACCCACGAACCUCAAAUCUUGUCUGGAGAGUUCAGUAUAGAACCCUUAGGCUGCUGAUUCCUGACACUUUUGUUGGAAUGGAGAUACUUUAUACAAUGGCAGAAUUUUCAAGGAUUCCUCAUUUGACUGGUUUUGUAUUUACUGUGUAUUAGCUGAGAAAAUAUUCAGUGAUAAACUAAUUAUGAAUUCAGUACCUUCUUUGAAUGUAUUGGAUUUUGUUAAUCACAUCGGCAACUAUUUACAUUUGAGGAGUAGUCAUCCCUGUAUUUGAGAAGCAUGUGGUUUACUUAGUCCAUUGGCAAUGCUGGCUCUUUAUGUGGAUGCACACACCGCUUGUCAUCACUUGAAAACUGGUAGGGGCUGGUGGUCUCCAAGUUGGGGGCAUUAUCUUAGUGGAAAAGUUUGUUCAGAUCUACUCUGUGCUGGGUUUUGUUUACAUUUUAACAAGUGUCUGGUACCCCUUCAUUGUGCCUGGGGACAGCUGUUAGUUCUGGUUUAUAUAGGACCAUUUAUAUAGGCCGUUAAUCCUAUCCAGUCGGAUCCCUUCUAACAUGAGGAAGUAGCCAUCUCCCUUAUAUACCUAAUCAGAUAACAGAAGGCCUAUUAUCGCUUGGAACUACUGUGUAUUACCUUAUUACCUUUUCUGGAAGAGCCAGUCAAGAUGAGACUUGAUAGCAAUGGGAGUUUUAUGAUGGCAGUGUUGUUUUGAAGAGACUUUAUAGGGAAUAGGUCACCAUCCAGGAGGAGGAACAUCGUUGAGAAGAUGUAGGGAACAGCAAAAGGCAAUAGGUAUAUGGAAAGAGGACGUCCAGAUAGAGGGGAAAAUAGUCAUCAAAGGCAAAGGGCAAUGUGUGUAGACAGAGUUUCUAAGUUUUGUUUUACUUUAGGAACUUUUUUAUGUACUAUAAACUAGUUCAUAAUCCAUUUUCUUAUAUUAGGAAGUACUGUAUCAGGUUUUAUUUAGUAAAGAUUUUAUGUAUCUUUGUAUAUUAUUUUGCCAUUGUAAUUUUCAAUGAAAUCUGUUCUUGUGGUUUUAUGUAUUUGAAGCAUUAUUGGUUUCCCUAUAUGCAUCCUUGAAAUAUGACUUAGGAAUCCAAUCUAUGUAUUUAAAAAAGAAAAAUCUUAAAAAUAAAAAUCUAAUGAAGACAA